AGCUGAGCCAGGCCAGCUGCUUGCAGUCGGCUGCUUGACUUUGGAGGUGGCUGUAGAAGAGGAGGAGGAGGAGGAGGAGGAGGAGGAGGGGGGAGAGACCCAGGCACACUCACCCACCCACCGAUACACGCGCGCACACGCACACACGCGGAGACAAACAAACAAGCGGCGGAGACGCUCCUGCAGGGCGGGUCUGUGCAGCCAUUGCAUGGAGCGGCUUGCCCAAGGCGGUCGAGCGCAAGGGAAGCCCGCUGCUCUAUGACUCGCCGCCUUCGAGAGAGGCAGCAAGCGGGCGCCUCACCACUGACAGCCGCUGGGACUUCAGCUCGCCGUGGCCCACAAAGAGGAUCUCCGGGCGGCUGCUGCCGGACUCCUGGUCCGCUUCCCCGCUUUUUGCGCCGGGGAUGAUUUUGCAAGCCAGGUGUGAUCGCUCCUGGUUCUCGGCGCGGCCCCUCCAGUAAAGCUCCCGAAGCCGAACCGAACCUGCACGCGCCGGAGGAAGGACAGCCGGACUUUUGGCUUUGUGUUUGCUUCCCGCCCCCCUUUCCAGCGCUUGGACUUGAGCGAUCGGUCGUGUGAACUGGGGUCCUCCGGAUUGGUGGGGGGAAAGGAAGAAAGGAAGGGAGCGAGGUUGCGUUCCGUUCUUCCUCGCUCGCUUUUCUCCGCCAGCCGGCCUGGGGCUGUCGGAUCUCUGCCAAGGAGGACGGGAACUUUUUAUUUUCAGCUCUCGGCCUGUGACGAAUGGUUGGCGUCUCCAGUCCUUUUCGGUAAAAGAUUGAUCACUGGGCUGGUGAACGUAAUAGCGGUCCCAGUCAGAAAAGGAGAGAGGAAAUUAGCAGGAAGAUUGGUGGAGAAUGAUAUCUGUCAAAAGAAACACUUGGAGAGCACUGAGUUUAGUAAUAGGUGACUGCCGGAAAAAGGGGAACUUUGAAUUUUGCCAAGAUCGCAUUGAGAAGCAUUCCACAAUGCCAGAUUCACCUGUGGAUGUGAAGACACAAUCCAGGCUGACACCUCCAACAAUGCCUCCUCCCCCAACUACCCAAGGAGCCCCAAGAACCAGUUCCUUCACACCCACAACACUAACUAAUGGCACAAGCCAUUCACCAACAGCUUUGAAUGGGGCUCCUUCUCCACCAAAUGGCUUUAGUAAUGGCCCAUCCUCCUCUUCCUCCUCGUCUUUGGCUAAUCAGCAACUACCACCAGCUUGUGGAGCUAGGCAGCUUAGCAAACUGAAGAGAUUUCUUACAACCUUACAGCAGUUUGGCAAUGACAUUUCACCAGAGAUUGGGGAGAGAGUGCGUACCCUUGUGCUAGGACUUGUGAACUCUACUUUGACAAUUGAAGAAUUUCAUUCCAAACUGCAAGAAGCCACUAACUUCCCACUGCGACCUUUUGUCAUCCCAUUUUUGAAGGCCAAUCUGCCCCUGCUACAGCGGGAGCUCCUGCAUUGUGCAAGGCUGGCCAAGCAGAAUCCCGCCCAGUACCUCGCUCAGCAUGAGCAGCUGCUUCUGGAUGCCAGCACCACCUCACCUGUUGACUCCUCAGAGCUGCUUCUCGAUGUGAACGAAAACGGGAAGAGGCGAACUCCAGACAGAACCAAAGAAAAUGGCUUUGACAGAGAGCCUUUGCACUCAGAGCAUCCAAGCAAGCGGCCGUGCACUAUUAGCCCAGGCCAGCGGUACAGUCCAAAUAACAGCUUGUCUUACCAGCCCAAUGGUCUGCCUCACCCCACUCCGCCUCCACCUCAGCAUUACCGUUUGGAUGAUAUGGCCAUUGCCCACCACUACAGGGACUCAUACAGACACCCCAACCACAGGGACCUCAGGGACAGAAACAGACCUAUGGGGUUGCAUGGGACACGUCAAGAAGAAAUGAUUGAUCAUAGGCUAACAGAUAGAGAAUGGGCCGAAGAAUGGAAACACCUUGACCAUCUCUUAAACUGCAUCAUGGACAUGGUAGAAAAAACAAGGCGAUCUCUCACUGUGCUACGGCGAUGUCAAGAAGCUGACCGGGAGGAACUUAAUUACUGGAUACGGCGGUACAGUGAUGCAGAGGACUUAAAAAAAGGCAAUGGUAGCAAUCAUUCCAGACAGCAGAGUCCGGUGAACCCAGAUCCCGUCCCUUUAGACUCACAUCGGGAAUUCCUUCACAGGCCUGCUUCUGGAUAUGUGCCAGAGGAGAUCUGGAAGAAAGCUGAGGAAGCAGUCAAUGAAGUAAAACGGCAAGCAAUGACUGAGUUGCAGAAGGCAGUGUCAGAGGCAGAACGGAAAGCCCAUGAUAUGAUUACUUCAGAGAGAGCUAAAAUGGAGCGCACAGUGGCAGAGGCCAAGCGACAGGCUGCAGAGGAUGCACUAGCUGUGAUCAAUCAGCAAGAGGAUUCUAGUGAGAGUUGCUGGAACUGUGGCCGUAAAGCCAGCGAAACCUGCAGUGGUUGCAACACCGCACGCUACUGCGGUUCAUUUUGCCAACAUAAAGACUGGGAGAAGCAUCACCACCUCUGUGGACAGACUCUGCAGGCCCAGCCGCAAGGGGAGACACCAGCAGUCAGCUCCUCCGCCACACCGAACAGUGGAGCCGGGAGCCCCAUUGACACCCCACCAGCAGCUACUCCUAGGUCAAACACCCCUGGAACUCCAAGCACCAUAGAGUCAACUCCUCGCUAAGACUGAACUUACAAAUACUUAAAGACAAACAAAUACAAAACAAAACAAAAUCCUCAUCCUCAGAUACUCAAAGGUUUCUACUGAACUUUCACAUUUCAAUAUUAUAAAAGAAAUUAUACUGUAUCUUGAGGUAGAAGUAAAACCCAGAAGGCCAGUAACGGGUCAUAAUGACUUCUUCUGGAUAACAAAGAUAUCUUUUCUUUAGGAAAUGGAGAAGAUUGAACACACACACAAUGAUAGAUUUGACCUCCUCCCUGUUAUUUUCCAGUAGCUGGGAUUUUAAACUAGGUGACCUCAUUAACACGAUGCUUUACCAAACAGCAAACCAAGAGAUUGCUAAUUGCUGUUGAAAGCAAAAAUGCUAAUAAUAUAAAGUCACAAUGUUCUUUGUAACAAUAAUGGAUUUUUUUAACUGCGAGAAAGAGAGAGAGAAUGAGAGAGAGAGAGAAAGAAAGAAAAAAUGGGCUUAAGCAUUGGAUAAAGCAGCAGACAUUUUAAUAAGAAGAUGAAUAGCGUCCAUGGGUUACUGACUUGAACUCUGAAGACCCGUAUCAAAAACACGCAGAUGUGCAGCAGAUUGGAAGGAGACACAGAUGUUCAUUUUUUUUUUCUUGUUUCUGAAUGAAAUAAUAAUAUCCAGGUCAACAGAAUGAAAAAUGGAAGAUGAUUGCAGUGGGAUGAAGGACUUAAAAGAGCAGCAAAGGAAAAAAAAAUGCCAUCAUACAAAGAUCUCCUUUUCUGUCCUUUGUUUCGUUUUUUUUUUUUUUUUGGUGGGGAUUUUUUUCUGUUUUGUUUUGGUUUUGUAUUUUUUUUUAGAACAGAAAUAAGAACACAGCCUGCAGUUAAUUAGCAUUUUGGCAGCUAUAAUAUCAACCAGCUGCCUCUAUCCUUCCCCCUCUCAAAAAGGAAAAAAAAGCUUCAAAAUUUCCUUCACUUUUUUACAAGCUUCCACAGAGGAAGACCGUCGGGUCUGUUCCACCUCAUUCGUUUUUGUAUCGGCGAUGAUGACAAUGCAGUGACUCCAGCUCCAGAUCCCAUCCAUCCAAUUCUUUCCAUCUCAUCCUGUCUGGGUUUUUAAUUUAAAAAAAAAAUUAAAAUAAGGAAAAAUAUAGUAGUUCUCUUGGUGUUAAAGCACUUCUGUCCUGUGAGGUUUCCCAAUUGUGUUUUUUUUCCUUGUAAAUGUGUUGGGGCAAAUGUGAAAAUGCAUUGUAGUUAACUAUGCUCACAUUUAAGUCUUCUUUAUUACUAGUAGGCGAGAAACUUUCUAUGCUGCUUUUAUAUCUGUCUGUAGUGGUAAUAUUUCUCUAGAAGGUCAAAAGAAAAAAAAAAUCCCCCUCCUUUUUUCAUUUCUCCUGAAGAAAAGAAAAGGAAAAAAGCUAUCUUUCGGAGCUGCUAUUUCACUCUCUUAUAGGGGGAAAAACAUUCUGAAAACUAGCAUGCUUCCUGGAAUGCUAACAUAUUGGUGUUUUUCUAAGAGGGAUGUACAUAAAUGUAUUUUGCACUGUCAUAAUGACUCCCAGGCAUGCUUUUUUGGGGCAAACUCUUUUUAAAGAUGCUAGAGCCAUUUCACUGAAUUUAUCUGUAGGUUAGAAUAGUGGUGGGUUGUUUUUAAUUUUUCUCUCCCCUCCUUUUUUUUCUUUUCUUUUUUUUGCAAAAUUCAUUAAUAUGUAUUUUAUAAAAAAAAAUAAAAAUAAAACAGGCUAUCAUACUUUUUUAAUAAAAAGCAGUGCAUGCAUUAUCACUGUAAGGUUGUACGGCAUUUCUGAUUUUACAAAAUAGAAAUUAUGACGAUUAGAGCUCCAAAUGCUGAGAUGUAGAUUGACAGCUUUAACACUGCUGAAUGCCAGGUUUAUAUUACAGUAUUAUUACAAAAAAAAAAAAAAAAAGGGAAGUCAGCCAAAGACUGAUUUGAUGGACCAAAAUCUGAGUUCUGAAAGCAUUGUUUCUACUUUCCAAAUUAUCAGCAGGUUAAACAUGUUCAGCAAAGACAUAAUGUACACUCAUUUAACCCUUCAUUGUCCAUGGUCUAGGCCAUAAAUACUUGUAAAUGUAAACAACCCAAAAGAUGGUUGUGUGCUUUUCUACCAAGUAAGUGAUACAAUAAAUUGGUUUUAAUAUCUUCAUGGAAUGCCACUGUAGAAGGCAUUCCUCUAACUACUUUUAUUUUAAGCUUUCUCCAAGUAAAAAAAGGCAAUUCUGUGCAAUAUAGCUCUACAGCUAAAAUGGAUUGGAUGGGCCUGAAUGCAAAGAAUUCCCUCAGCUUUAGGCCUGGCUCAGUACUUGCAGACAUUUUGUUUGAAUAUAUAACAGAUUGUCCUCACUUACCGACCACUUGGU